AUGUCCGACACCGCCUCCAAUGGCAAUGGCCACCCCGUGGUGUCCGUGAUAGUCCCAGAGACAACUUAUCCUGAGUCUCGAGUCCUUAUCAUUGGUACAGGAGGAACCAUCUGCAUGCAGCAAGGCCCUGAUGGUCUUCAACCUACCGACAACUUCUUGGAGAAUGCUAUGGCUCCUCGACCAUCAUUCAACGACAGGUCCGAACCAAUCACACUCCCAGCUAUUCGCAACGGCGAAAAGAUUCAGAUUGACAGUCUCCGCACUCCUCCAACUGCCUAUGAUCGUCAUGUCCGCUAUGGAAUCGUCGAGUUCAACCCCCUCCUGGACUCGAGCUCCAUCUCGGCUCAUGACUGGGACGCCAUGGCUUCAUGCAUCCAAGAAAACUACCACCUCUUUGAUGGUUUUGUUAUCCUGCACGGCACUGAUUCACUGGCCUACACAGCCUCUGCCCUCUCCUUCAUGAUGGAGAACCUAGGAAAACCCGUCAUUCUCACUGGUUCCCAGGCACCCAUCUUUUCUCUUCAGUCUGAUGGCGUCGACAACCUCCUUGGAUCGCUCAUCAUUGCUGGAACCUUUGCCAUCCCCGAAGUGUGCCUAUUCUUCCACCACCGCCUCUACCGUGGAAACCGCAGCGCUAAGGUCUCUGCAACUGAGUUUGAGGCCUUUGCCAGCCCCAACUGCGAGCCCCUUGCCAAGGUCAACGGCUUGGGUGUCACCGUAAACUGGCCCCUCAUCCUCCGCCCAACUACGAUUGCAAAGUUCCACAUCACCAAGGGCUUAGACACCACGCACGUCGCCUGUUUGCGUGUUUUCCCCGGCAUCAAGCCUGAGAUGAUUGAUGCUGUGCUUCAUCUGCCUGACCUCCGCGGCCUCAUCCUUGAGACGUUUGGCAUGGGCAACAUCCCUGGCGGCGCCGACGGUCGUCUUACACAGAUUAUCAAGGCUGCCGUUGAGCGAGGUCUCGUUGUAGUCAACGUCAGCCAGUGUGUCAACGGUUUCGUCUCUCCCGUGUACGCCCCUGGUACCGUCCUCGGCCGGGCGGGCGUCAUCUUUGGCCUCGAUCUCACAGCUGAGGCCGCCCUGACAAAGGUUUCAUACCUACUCGCUCAGCCCAACCUCUCGCUCAAGGACAUCAACGAGAAACUAUCCCGGUCGCUACGGGGCGAGAUGACCGAGAUCGCUCACCAGAGCUUCUCCCACCCGGCGGGCACUCUCGACUUUGCCGCCUCCCACCUCACGCCCAAGGAGAUGGCAUUCUCUGCCCUCGGAUACGCCAUCGAGAACGGCGAGCUCGGCCUCGUCAAAGAGCUCCUACAGGGAGAGGGUGCGCAGCUACUUAAGCAGUCUGACUAUGCCGGCAACACAGCGGUGCACCUUGCGGCUGUGGCUGGUAGCACCGAGAUCCUGCUGGAGCUCCUGCAGCGCGGCGCGAGCGUACACGAGCGCAACAAGGCCAACCACUCGCCUCUCUUUGUGGCCGUCAAGUCUGGAAAGGAGCCAUGCGCGCAACUACUGCGUGUCGCAGGCGCACAUCUCGCUGUGGAGGAGAGAGAGACGCUCCCAGGUUAUGUGACACCUCAGUACAGUCAGUAUGGGCAAUACGGCGGGCACGGCUUCUAA